AUGGGAUCUUUAGACAGUGUUUAAAUUCAAUCUAGAGAAAAAGUUUAAUCACUCGAACAACAUAAUACCUAUUUCAUAAUAAAUAAUAUUCAAUAACGUACUUUAUAACAAAGAUGUUCUAAACCUUUAAAUAUCUCUUCAGAUGAUUUGAAUACAGAUGUAGAAGAUAAUGAUGAUUAAUAAAAAAUUAAUUUUAUAAAUAACUUUACUGUUCAAGGUUUUUUUCUUCACACUGAAGAUUAAUAUUAAAAUUUAGAAUGUCCUAAAAACUCCAAUCAGCUAUAAAAAUGUUUGUCAUUAACAAGCUAAGAUUCAUCUUCUAAUAACAGCUAGACUUUAGAUUUAAAAAGCGAUGACUCUGUAUUCAAUAAAUAAGAUGACUUUUUUGCAUAAGGCAGCUAUUAAGAUUAAACCAAAUAGGUUCUUUCUUUUUUUGAUGAUAUUAAAAACGAUGACGACUAAUAAAUUAACAUAUAAAAUUCAUGUAUUGAAAAAUCUUAAUAAGUAGUAAAUAAAUCUAAGUUCUACGAAAGUCAAAAGCAAAACUUCUGUCAAUAAAUGAAUGAACAAGUAGACAAUCCUUAAAUAAAUUUCUUUAAUAUGGACUUCUAUGAAAUUUAUAAUAAAUAUCUUGUUCAGCUUUUGCUUAAAAGUGAGUCCAAUCAGUUAAUAUCUGAAUAAUAAUAUUUUUAUAGUGAGCUUGUGAUUAAAAUAUCUAGAAAAGUAGGCAAUAGUGAUUUGAGUGUCUAACCUGAAAUAUAAGGAUUACUGCACUUUGUCUUUUAAUCUUUAAAGAAUUAAGAUAAUCUUUAUAAAAUAAAAUUAUAAAAUAAUGAUGAUUAUCCAAAUUUUAUAAAAUCUUUAUAAAAUUGUUAUAAUCAAUGA